UUCCCAGCCAAAGAACCAGCAUCCUGGUUGUGAAAAUGGGGGGUGUGCGUAGCUACUUCUUCAUCAUCGCCGCCGCGGUCGUUGCCGUCGUCCUCGCGCUUCUCCCGGCCGGCGCCACAGGUGCCGGCCUCAAGGUCGGCUUCUACAGCAAGACAUGCCCGUCGGCGGAGUCCCUGGUGCAGCAGGCGGUGGCUGCCGCCUUCAAGAACAACAGCGGCAUCGCCGCCGGCCUCAUCCGCCUGCACUUCCAUGACUGCUUCGUCAGGGGCUGCGACGGCUCGGUGCUGAUCGACUCGACGGCGAACAACACGGCGGAGAAGGACGCGGUCCCGAACAACCCGAGCCUGCGGGGCUUCGAGGUCAUCGACGCCGCCAAGAAGGCGGUGGAGGCGCGGUGCCCCAAGACGGUGUCCUGCGCCGACAUCCUGGCGUUCGCGGCGCGGGACAGCAUCGCGCUGGCGGGGAACAACCUGACGUACAAGGUCCCCGCGGGGCGGCGCGACGGGCGGGUGUCCAGGGACACGGAUGCCAACAGCAACCUCCCCUCGCCGCUCUCCACCGCCGCCGAGCUCGUUGGCAACUUCACGCGCAAGAACCUCACCGCCGAGGACAUGGUGGUGCUCUCCGGCGCGCACACCGUCGGCCGCUCCCACUGCUCCUCCUUCACCAACCGCCUCUACGGCUUCAGCAACGCCAGCGACGUCGACCCCACCAUCAGCUCCGCCUACGCCCUCCUGCUGCGGGCCAUCUGCCCGUCCAACACCAGCCAGUUCUUCCCCAACACCACCACCGACAUGGACCUCAUCACGCCCGCGCUGCUCGACAACAGGUACUACGUCGGCCUCGCCAACAACCUCGGCCUCUUCACGUCCGACCAGGCGCUACUCACCAACGCCACGCUCAAGAAGUCCGUCGACGCCUUCGUCAAGAGCGAAAGCGCGUGGAAGACCAAGUUCGCAAAGUCCAUGGUCAAGAUGGGCAAUAUCGACGUGCUCACGGGCACCAAGGGGGAGAUCAGGCUCAACUGCAGGGUCAUCAACAGCGGCAGCAGCAGCUCUGGAUUAUUUCAGCUUCACACGGCAACCGCCUCUGCCGAGGAAUUCGCCCACGUUGCAACCAACUAGCAGCUACUAUAUCUCUAUCCGUAGAGGAUCUAGUGAUCUACUGCUGCUCAGUGACCAUGUUCUUCGAUGUUGCAAUUAGUUCCACUACUCGAAUCAGGCUCUUUACUGAGUGUUCGAUCCUUUGCUGAGUAUAUUUUGUCG